GAUGUUUUAAGGAGAAUGAAGAAUUACAAAUAUGCUAUGCAGAUAAGAAAGAUUGGAGGUUAUGUAAAGAAGAAUUGGAAAAAUUUAAAAACUGUUGGAAAAAAAAUCAAAAGAAAAAAUCCAAUUAG